CAAAUCGAGUGUUGUUAACCAGUAUUAUUCAGUGACACAACGAACACCUCAAGCUUGUAAGAUGCGCGUUUGAUGCUAUGAAACACAAAAGCGUAACGAAAGAAGGUAGAAACAAAAUUACGAAGUGAAUAACAGUCAAUAGUCAACAUGGCGGACAGCGAUUUACUGAUCACGAUUUCGGGUGCCGCGCUUUCGUUGUUAUUCUACGAAAAUGUUCGCAGUCGUGGGGACCAGAUGGGUUUCUUGUUGGGGGAGAACCUCGAGUUCGUAGUGAAAUCGUACACUGAUGCAGAGAAACAGAUAGAGACAGUGAAGACACACAACGAUAUUGAAACUAUUGUUACCUGCCCAUUACCAGAUGUUAUACAUGAUUCUGUGGGUAGACUUAAUAAAGAGAAGUUAAAAGACUUCAUGAGAGACAAUAGCAAACAAGUGAUUGGUUGGUUUCGCUUCAGGCGAGACAUAAACUUGGUACCCACUUUCAGGGAUAAAAUGUUGCACAGAGAAUUUGCCUCCCAUUUCUCAGGAGGCAAUGGUUGUAGCCAAAAGUUCUUUGUCAUGUGUCUCUUAAGCUCUUCAACCACUUGCGAAGGAGGUACACAUAAGUUUAAACAUGUAUUUUUCAGGCAUAGAAGUGGAGCAUACGAACCAGUUCCUUUAAGGAUAAGUAAUUUGGGAAAUGAUUCAUUCAUACUUGAAGGCUCAGAUUAUAAACCAACUCCUACCAAAAAGUCAUCAAAUACACCAGAUGUAUUUAAUAAACUCAUAGAAUCUUUAAAUCUGAAUCUUGCACGAUCGUCGGGACUCGAAUCAGCUAUUGCUAUACAAAAAGCAGCUGAACAGUAUUUAGAUAAAUUAAUACCGCAAUUAUGUGAAUCGGAUCUUGAAGUGACAGAGUUAGAAAACCAGAUCAAGGAAUUUAAACUGACGAGAAAGUCAAAAAUGAAUGGCAGUUCAAAUAACCGCGAUAAAAAGCAUGAGGCUGAUAAGGAUCAUGUCCGAAAAGGACAGAAACUAAAAGAAUUAUCUCCCCCUAGAAUUGAAGUUCCAGAUAAUGUCUGUGAUGAAAGACGACCACUUUUGGACGAUUCUACUGCAACUGGUCACAGAGUUAAUAGUCAUAAAUUAAGGAAUACAACGGUGCAUGUAGAAAAGAGUAGUAAUCAAAACGUGACAAAGACAAAUACAGAUACAGCGAACAGCCCAAGUAAAGAUUCACUACCCAUAAAUGCGAUUUGCGAAAUGAAAAUUGAUGUUGCUGAAACUGUGCCGAAUAAAAACAAACCAUUUUUCAAAAGGGAAUCAGAGAUAAUGAAGGAAUCUAUCUCUAAAGGUGAAACGUUUGGAAUUGAUCUCGGUAGAGGUAGGGGAAGAAUACAGCUUGAAUCACAAACUCGACUGAAAAAAGGGCCGUCUUCGGGUCCUAUUGCUUCACGAAGUAAUAGUGAAAGGACUUCGCAUAACAAAUCAUCGCAGCAAGAAACAACAGAAUCAUCUUAUAGUCAAAUUACAAAGACAAAAGUAGACAAUGCGCGGAAAUCGGAUGCAACGAACCAUUAAAAAAAAAAACGAUUUUCUUAAUUUUCUUUGAGUCCUUCAUAAAGAUAUACUUAAAAGCAGUAGAGCAUUCUGUGCAAAAAGGGAAUCAACCAACAGAGGUUUUAGGACGCUUACGCUACGCGUAUAUGCAUUGUAAAUAUUUCUUAUACAGAAUAUAUAUAUACAUAUAUAUAUAUAUAUAUAUAUAUG